GUUUGUUUUCAAGAAACGGGGAGAGAAUGCACCCGCACCGAGUUCUCGGGGCAGAACUUCAAAUGGAGGUAUAUCGGAAAAGAGAGCCAGCAACUACAAACAUGGUAGGUUUGUGGGAGGGAGUUGAAGCGCCAUCAUCAAGUUUAAGAUCGGCGAUUGAGAGUCAAAGUCAUCACUAUCCUCAAAGAUAUAAAGAUGUCGGGCGCGCCGGGCGCUAGUCCUCAGAGCAGCAAGCGUUCAAACGCGACGAAUACUUCGACGACGUCCAAAAUUGCAACAACCCGCAAAGCCUUGGUCGUGACGGAGCCCGGCGAGGAGGAGGAAAUUGCGAAGAUUCUCGAAGAGUCCGCAACCUCCUUCUUGCCAAAGAACGAAAAGCUGAAGACUUUCCCAAGUAUCCGCCGGGAAAUUGUGGACCAGAAGGCAAGCAGCGGGAAGUCGAGGGGGAGUAUAAAGUCAGCACAAAAGGAUGGAGAUAAGAAGCCGGCGACAAGCAAAGUGAAAACGAGGAAACAAACGGCGUCAUCUUCCUCCUCGUCUUGCAGCGCUGAAGCAGGCCCAGCGGUGGGUCCGGACAACACGACGGACGGGCUGGUAAAGAAAAGCGGGUUUCUGGUCGUGUUCUACCCGGACGAGGAUACAGCGGAUGUGCAGCCUGGUGGUACUGCUUCUGCUUCGAAAGACGAUAGGAGCAAGGAGAAAGAACUGGAAGACCUGGCGAACGAUGAUGAAGACGACGAAAUUCCGGUCUACUGGUUCGAUCGGGGGGAUUAUCAAAUGCAAAUAUGUCUGGGUCUGGAAACUUGUGAUGCUGGGCGGCGUCUCAUGAUCAUGCCACAAGUGCUGGCUCAGCAUGACAAGUUUCUGAGCUUCUAGGUGUUGCCUAUUCUGCAUGACAAAUUGUUCUUCUGCAUCACAGAAAAACGGAGCUGUUGGGUCACGUGCAUGACAGAUUUAAGAGUCAUGCCAGACAAGCAUGACAAACAUGAAUUCUUCCAGACCCAGACAUUUUUACAGUUGAUAGGGAUGAUGUGAGCCCUCGUGAAGGCGAAACUGAUCAAACAGCGGCAGUAGCGAAAAAGUGAUUUGUGCCAGUAACUAUAAUUGCACCAAAAUUAUUUGACGUGUCAGCGGAACGGCUGACGCCCGGGAGCGUUUCUCAUCUACCAAGUAGCGUGCAUGAAAACUCAACUUUUAGUCGAGAAUUGCGACGACGAUUGGACUGCAGACACCAGACGCUGGUGUUUGUUGCGACAUUGCAGAGCUAAACGCCAAGAAGUACA